AUGGAUUUGGACAGACGCGCUUCCAAAGAUUUUGAUAUCCUUGAUCAUAACAUUGAUCUUUCGGUGGUUUACACUUCACGAGAACUCUUUGAUCAAGUGGAAAGAAAGUACAGUAAAUUGCUGUUGAAGAAACAUAAGACACAAGAAGAAAGCGGGGUUUUCCGAGUGUUCAGGAACCUUUUAUUGAUUAGAAAAUACCUCUCGCUCUCGCUGGUGGAACGAAAAUUAUUGAGAAGCUGGAUUAAGCUGUGCAAAGAAAAGGAUUAUCAUCGUCAUAUCAUUCAAUUGUACUUUCCUGUACUGAAAGCGGUGGUGGAAAAUAAGGUCAAAUAUCCCGGAGCGCCAGAAAAACUAUUGGGUAGGUUGACGAAAUCGGAAAUCGAUGAUCUAUUCCUCUAUAUUACCAGGAAUGAAAGCAGUUUCAAGAAUUUCAAGCAAGUGAUUGAAAAUUUGGACCAGGGCUUUGAUGUUGAAGAGCUGAAUGGUGAAGAGCUGAAUGGUGAAGAAGAAGAAGAACAAGAGGAAGAAGAACAAGAGGAAGAAGAACAAGAGGAAGAAGAACAAGAAGAAGAAGAAGAAGAAGAAGAAGAAGAAGAGGAAGAAGAAGAAGAAGAAGAAGAACUAGUACAACCGUCCAAACAAAGGCGAAAGUAUAGUCGCAUCAGUGACGACGAGGAAGAUAAUAAUUACACAGUAAAGAAGAAACCAGGGAAAUUCAGUUCAAAAAAAUCAUCACAGGCUGAUAGCACAAAGAAAGCACCACCACCAAAGCGAAAGACCAAAUCGAAAUUCAUCAGUGAUGAUGAGGAGAAACCUGAAGAUGAAGUACCAGAUGACGAUGACCUGGAUGAUUAUGAUUACCAGUCGCUUAGAAGAAAAUCAGCGAAGAAAGGUAAAUCAGCACCAGCUAAGACUAAUAAGAAACGAGUUUAUUCGUUAGAAGAUGAUGAUGAUGAAGAGGAUUACGGAACCCCUCCUCCGCAAGAGAAACACAAGCCUCGAAAAAAACCACUGAAAAGAACCUAUACCUUGGAUGAUGAUGAAUAUGACGAGUUCUAA